GUCACCAACCAGGAAACGAGUGCAUCCAUGGAGGGGAGCGACUGAAGAAUCACAACAGAGCGCCUAAUUACAGCAUUUUUGAUAGUUCCGCUUUUUUUGCCGCUGUUUUUUUGUUACCACCGACAGCGGACAUGUCACGAAAACCCAAAGAAGAAUAUUAUCGGUUCUUUACUGUAACCGACCCACGCACACACGAGAAGGGACACACCGAGUACAAAGUGACAGCAAGGUUUGUGUCCAAGCGUCAUCCAGAUGAUGUGAAGGAGGUGGUCGUGUGGAGGAGGUUCUCAGAGCUGAAGAAGCUCCAUGGAGAGCUGGCCUACACACACAGGAACUUAUUCAGAAGACUAGAGGAGUUUCCACCUUUUCCACGUGCACAAGUUUUUGGAAGGUUUGAUGAGGCUGUGAUUGAGGAGAGGAGGAAGGCAACAGAAACCAUGCUUCUGUUUACUACCAGCAUACCUGCACUCUACAACAGCCCACAGCUCAAGGACUUUUUCAGAGGAGGCGAAGUCACAAGACCUCUAGAUCCCACCCCUCUGUCCUCAGCUGGGCCUCUGCCUCCCCCUCUCAUCCCCCUGCCCAAGCGGAGGGCCUCAGAUUGUGAGCCUGCAGAAGAGGAGGAGGGGAGGGAGGCUCCCACCUUACCUCAAGAUCUGGGCACCAACCUGAGCAUAGAAGUGGGGGAACCAGAGGUGGCAGCUGAGGCCUACAGCGAGAUCGGAGGAUCUCCAAGAGAAGAAGAGCGAGAAGAGCUUAGUGAUACGGAACAAGAUGAUCGAGUUCCAUCUCCUGACCUGUCCCCCGAAAGACACCACCAAUCAGAAGAGACCCAGGAGGAAUUUGAUUCAUUGUUUGACUCUGUGGCAGAAGAUCCAGACCCAUCCCCAAAGGAAGAGGGUCCUCCUCCUCUGUCUGAUAAUGAUUUGGCUGUCUUUGAUCCCUGCUAUAAACAAGAUAGGUCAGAUUCCUCCACUGACCACUCGGAACUCUUCUCGCUGCCACCAGCCAGUCUGGAUGGAGGCGACGUGGGUUACUUAAACCAAGCAGCCAAGGAGCUGAAGGCUGCCAUGGAGAGGGAGAAGGAGGGAGAGUUUAGUUCUGCCAUUCGUGGAUACAGGACAGCGGUGGAUAUACUGAUCACCGGAGUGCAGGGAGAGCCUGAUCCAGUGCGCAGGGACUCUGUGAUGAGAAGGACGGCUCAGUAUCUGAAGCACGCCGAGAUGCUGGUCAAUAUACACUCCUCACCCAGCCACACUCACACAGACACAGACACACAUGCACAGGACCCAUAGACAUGCACAUGCUUCCAUUAUCCUGACAGUUUUCAUUCAUGAAGAGAGAUCAAAGACAAAGAAGCUCAGGGCUGUAGCGUACACACACACUAAAAAGCACAGUUUACAUUGACAGCAUUCACACAGAGUUACACGUUCGAAUUCCUGAAGAGAAAUCUGCUUAAGUAAAAAUUACUACUGACACAGGCACACACUCCGGAGGUACACACUACUCUGCACAGUUUCUUUAACUGUCUUUGUUCAAUGAAAAUGUGUAAUUUACAAAAAUCUGAAAAUGUGGACACAUAAAGUAACUGUUAACUUAUCAGACAGAUAAUCCCCCUUUCCUACAUUUUAUGUUCUGUUGAUAAUGAUCUUAUUUUGAAUACAUUAAUCUGUAUGUAUAUCGAUGAUUUGCAUUUUGCACAAUGUUUUGUUAAUAAAUCUGAUUUUAAUUUAA